UCUUCCGCUACCGCGGGGCGGGCCGGAACCUUUGUUAAAGGGAACGAGUUUACACAGCAGUGUUGCCGGCCGGCAUCAAGGAGAACAGCGUGGCAUCCUCUUCCUCUCGCCGUUGCGGCCGCGGAGCGGAGCUGAGCUGAUUAUAGUCGAGGAGCUCGGUUACCGGGCGGGCUGGGUCUAUGGUCGCUCCGCGGGCCGCUCCGCCUGCUGGUGCUUUUUUAUCAGGGCAAGCUGUGUUCCAUGGCAGGGAACUUUUGGCAGAGCUCCCACUAUUUACAAUGGAUUUUGGAUAAACAAGACCUUUUGAAGGAGCGCCAAAAGGACUUAAAGUUUCUCUCAGAAGAAGAGUAUUGGAAAUUACAAAUAUUUUUUACAAACGUUAUCCAAGCAUUAGGUGAACAUCUUAAAUUAAGACAACAAGUUAUUGCCACUGCUACGGUCUAUUUCAAGAGAUUCUAUGCCAGGUAUUCUUUGAAAAGUAUAGAUCCUGUAUUAAUGGCUCCUACGUGUGUGUUUUUGGCAUCCAAAGUAGAGGAAUUUGGAGUAGUCUCAAAUACAAGAUUGAUUUCUGCUGCUACUUCUGUAUUAAAAACUAGAUUUUCAUAUGCCUUUCCAAAGGAGUUUCCUUAUAGGAUGAACCAUAUAUUAGAAUGUGAAUUUUAUCUUUUAGAACUAAUGGAUUGUUGCUUGAUAGUGUAUCAUCCUUAUAGACCUUUGCUCCAGUAUGUGCAGGACAUGGGCCAAGAAGACAUGUUGCUUCCCCUUGCAUGGAGGAUAGUGAACGAUACCUACAGAACGGAUCUUUGCCUACUGUAUCCUCCUUUCAUGAUAGCUUUAGCUUGCCUACAUGUAGCCUGUGUUGUACAGCAGAAAGAUGCCAGACAGUGGUUUGCUGAACUUUCUGUGGAUAUGGAGAAGAUUUUGGAAAUAAUCAGGGUUAUUUUAAAGCUAUAUGAGCAGUGGAAGAAUUUUGACGAGAGAAAAGAGAUGGCAACUAUCCUUAGUAAGAUGCCUAAACCAAAACCACCUCCAAACAGAAAUUCCCUGAGUGAUUCUCCACUAGUGCCAGGGCCUGAAGCUGCAAGAUGAUGGUGGACAGGAUAAGGCAAUAAUCCUAUUGCCACAGUUACUGUGAAGGAGAGCAGGGUCCAAAUGGAAGUCAGAACUCUAGCUACAGCCAAUCUUAAAACAUUCCGAAGAAAUCCGUAGCGGACCACUUGGAAAUAAACCAUUGGACAGAUUUCAGUAAUGUCUUCAAUGGAACACAAAAGAAAAUGAAUAGCUUGUUUCUGUCAAGCACAUUGGGAAGUGAUUUUAUUUUUGCAAAAUAAUUUUUUCCUCACCUGAUUUGAUUCUAGUAAAUAAUUGAUUAAAAUUUCUUGAUUAUAAAAAUUCGGAAAGGUUCUAAGGGACCUACAGACAGACAUACAUAGACAUUUCAUGAUUUAUAGCUUUUUGAUUAGUAUAAUGUUUUUUUAAUUUGGAUUUGUUUUUAUUAAGUCAGGAAACAUGAAGCAUAAUUUGUUUAAAAAUCUCUGGUCAUUGAAGGACCAAAAAAAGGACAUAAAAAGUCAAACAUAAGAGGGCUUUUUUUCCCUUCUUAAGUUAAACUUUAAAGCUAUAUUUAAGAAAUCAAAUCUUACAAAAUCCUGGAAGAUUUUGGUAAUGAUGUUGAUAAUGUCAGGGAAAUUAAUCAAGUACCUAUUGAUUUAAAAGUAUAUUUUAUUCAGUAGUUUUGGUAUCUUACCAGGGAAGAUACUAGCCCAGCCUAGCAGAAAAGUGCAAUAUGUAUAGCAUACUUUGACAUUUUAAAAGUUAUAUUAAUUCUGUAACCAUUUUGAAAUGCUGGGCAAACUUUAAAAAAGUUCCUACAUGAAGUUAUUUGCAAUUGAUUCAUAGUUAAUCAGGCAUUUUAAAAGUUAAUUGGAUAAAACACCAUAAUAUGGUUGAAAUUUGGUAAAAUUUUAAUGUUAAUUUUUACUCUACUGUGAAAAAUUUUUUUAUAAGAUAUACACACCCUAGUUUAUUUUUGUGUUUUAGUGUGGAUUUACAAAUUUACUACAGGUAUCCUGAGCCAGGAACACAAUCAGGUUUCAUACCAGUUUGAUACUGGCUAUUAUUAUUAAUUCUGAUGUGAGUGUAGGAAUUCAGGCUAAAUGUUAUGUCAGUGGGACUGUGCUGUCUGUGGAACUUAAUAAAUUUUAAUCAUUUUCUUCAGACUUGAAGGAGAGUGAUAAAUAAGAUUUGGAGUCACAGGAUGUUGAUGUACAAUUUAGGGAUUAAAUUUUUAUAUAAAUCAGUUGUGAAAAAAAUGGAUCAUUAACUGUUGACUUCCUAGUAUAAAACUACAAGAAUAAAAGUAAGUUCUCCAGCCCUGUUGACUAGUGUCUUGAAUUAUCUUUUUGGAUCUGCCUUAUGUUGCUUUUUGAGAGUCUUUCCUUUACAUAAGUAUUAAAUUAAAGCUUCACUAUUUUGUCAGGGAGCCUGGUGGCACAAGUGGUUAAGCACUCAGCUGCUAACCAGAAGUUCAGCAGCUCGAACCCACCAGCUGUUCCACAGGAGAAUAAUGUGGCAGUCUGCUUCUGUAAAGAUUGCAGCCUUGGAAACCCUAUGGGGCAGUUCUGCUUUGUCCUAUGGGGUCUCUGUGAGUUGGAAAAUCAGUGGGGGAGGUUAUGGCAGGAUAAGAAAUAAGAAAAAAAAUAUCAACUCUCCUCAGGUCUGAAGGAAUUAAGGUUGGACUUGAGUUGGAAGGGCAGAGUGAUUAUAUACCACAAUCAUUGGCUUAAUGAUAAUUUUUCCUUUCAGCUUAUCUAUAUUCUUUUAAAUUUUUUAUUUUUAAAAUUAGUACAUAUGCCUGGUAGUUUCCUUUCCAACUUCUUAUUGUGGAAAAUUUUAAAUGUAUACAGGAGUAGAUAAAAUAGUGCAGCAAACCUCUACGUACCCUAUCGGUCACCUUCAACAGUUAACAGUUCAUAAUUCACGGCCAAUCUCUUCAUCUAACCCCCUACCAACUUACCCUACUUGCGUAUUAUUUUAAAGCAAAUCCUAGACAUCAUAUCAUUUCAUCCACAAAUAUUGCAGUAUGUUGCCCUGAAAAAAAUAAUGGCUCUUAAGAUUAUGAAAGCUUUAUUGUACCUAAAAAAGAAUUAGUAAUAAUGUUUUUAUUUCAGAUAGUGUUCAAAUUUUCAGUUAUUUCGUAAAUAUCAUAAAAAUUUUUAAAUGGUUUAAGUCAGGGUCUAAAUAAGGGCCACAGAUUACAAUUCUUUGAUACAUCAUUUAAAUCUUUUUAAUUUAUGGAUUUUUUUCUUCCAUCUCAUUUUUAAAAUCCCCUUUGCAAUUUAUUUUGGAAGAAAUUGAUUUGCUUGUCUAAUAGGCGUUUCCUCCCAUCUGGACUUCGCUGAUUGCAUCCUUGAGGUGUCAUCUAACAUGUUCAUUUCUCUGUAUUUUCUGUAAAUUGGUAAUUGACUCUAGAGGCAUGAUCAGAUUUUGGUUUUUUUUUUUUUUUUUUUUGGGCAGACUACUGUAUUAAAUGGUGGUGUAGUCUUUCAUGAGGAGGCAUAUAAUGUCUGGUUGUCUCAUUCUGUGAUUUAGCAGCCGUUGAUGAUAUAUAUUGUUUUUAAAAAUCAAAUAUUACCAUAAGGCUGCACUAUCCAGCAUGAUAGCCGCUAGCUACAUGAGGCUAUUAAACACUUGAAAUGUGGACAGUCUGAAUUGAGAUGUGCUGUAAAUGUAAAAAUACACAUUGGAUUUCAAAUACUUAGUACAAAACAAAAGAAUGUAAAAUAUCUCAAUAAUUUGUUUAUAUUGAUUAUAUGUUUUAAAUGAUAAUAUUUUGGAUACAUGGGAGUAAAUAAAACAUUAUUAAAAUUAAUUUCACCUGAUUUUGUUUGUUUUUACUUUCUUAAAUGUAAAAAUACUUAAAAUCGCUUAUGUGGCUUGCAAUAUAAUUCUAUUGGACAGUGCCGCUAUAAGGCAUCAUAAGGAAAACAAAAGACUUCUGCUCCAUUCUCCACAUCUCUCAUUCCUGUGCCCCUGAGGCAAUCACUUUGAACUUCUUAUCAUUUCUCUGUUGUUUAUUUCAGUAUUUCCAAGCAACAAGCUUAUAAAUACAGCAUUUAUUGAGCACUUAUAUUCCAAGUAUGUUCUCAGCUCUCUAUAGUUAUGAAGUCAAUCCUCAGAAUAAUCUGUUUAGAAAUGAGGAAACUUGGGAACGGAAAGAACUUACCCAAGUCAUGAGUCAAGUAAGUGACAGAGCUACAAUUCUCGUCAUUAAAACCUAGGCAUCUGGGCUCCAGGGCCUAUGCUCUUCAGUACUUUACCAUAUUACCUCCUUUGCUUAUGCUCCCAUUUCUUCUUUAUCUUUUUUUAUUAUUAUAAGUAUUAUCAACUUUAUAUUAUGGAAGAUCAAGAUUUUGCUUUCUCAAAUAACUCACUCUAUCCUACACCCAACCCAGUCCUACACUGGAAUGUCUACUCUCUUUAUUCUGUCAAUUUAGUUGUAUAAUUUUUGUUACAUUUGUAUUUGAUAUUUACAUACUAAAUAUAAGCUAAUGUAUUCUACAGUAUACUAUGAUUAUAUUUCUUACAGAAUAUUUUGGUUUUUUUGGAAGUAGUAAUUGCCUUGGUUAUAAGUUGCUGUUCACUUUGUAUCUUUUAUUUUUCCCCAGAAUCACUGUCAUUAUUCACUUAUCACUCAUUUAUUCCCCCAAGUCACUCAUUUUCAGAGAGACAUUUUUUCUGGAGUCCUUCAUCCUCUGGCUUGGAUCAGCUGCUCUCUAGGCCAAACAGCACAGUUGUCGUCAUAGAAUUGAUCAUACUGGAACUUCCUUUGCUUUCGCUAGUGUUGGUAUCCAAAAUAUGGGGAAUCCACAUCUUUUUGGUUUGUCUGCUUAUUUAUGCCGUUAUUUUGAUGGAGCACAUCCUCUAGUAGCUUCUUGAGAAAAAGUAGGUUGGAGGUAAAUUUUUUUGAGAUUGGCAUAUCAUGAAAAUUCUGCUGUCACUCUUGAGCGAUAGUUGACUAAAUAUAGAAUUUAUAUUACUCCAUUGUAUUCUGAUUUUCACUCUUGCUAUUGAAAAAUCCAAUGCCAUUUUGAUUCUCAGUUCUUUGUAUAAGAUCUUUAAUUUUUAAACUUGAAGCUUUUAAGUUCUUUUUAUUCAUAGUGUUCUGUCCUUUCACUCUGAUGUAUUUUGCUAUUGGGCCUUUUUCAUUCUCUGUGCUGGGUACUUGACCUUUUCAAUUUGAAAACAUAUCCUUCCAUUCUGGAAUUUUAUCUUACAUAAUUUUUGGAUACUUUCCUUUCUUCCAUUUUCUCUGUUGUCUCCUUUUGGAACUCUUCUUUAUUGAAUGUUGAAUUUACUGAUUUAAUCCUCCACUUUAUUUCUGUCCUAUCUUCUUAUCUUAUGAGUUUCUGAGAGAAUUUUCUCAGUUUUUUCUUGCAACCCUUCUGUUGAAUUAUUUCUGCUAUUACAUUUCCAAUUUCCAAUAGUCCUUAUCUCUACAAGUUCCUUUUUCUUGUUUGAUAGUGUAACGUGUUUUCCUUAUUCUAAGGACAUUAAUAUUAGAUUUUUUUCUUUGUUUUUAAGUUUUCUUUGCUCUCUGUAUUAACACUUUUUUCUUGAAGUUCUUUGAUUUGGUCACAGUCUUCCAAGUUACAAUCUUGCCUUAAUUGUCUCAGGAUCCUUCAUAUUUGAGAGGCACAGAGGAAGCUAAUUGAAAGGCCUUUGUGCAUGGGUGGGUAGGACUUUUCAACUGGAGGGCUUCAUUGUAGGGUAAGGAAGCAACCAGGCUUUUUCAUUAGCUAUCCUUCCCACCUUCAAUAAUUUUCUAAAGAUUUUUCAUUGGGGUGGUCAGUUUCUCCAUAGAGGAAUGUUCUGGGUUCCUUUCUAGAGUUAUAUGAGCUGGGCUGUCAGAGCUCGUAGUGAGGGCAGAGGACUCAGUAUUCAGAGUUUCACUUAAUCUUCCUGUUUUCAGUAAGGGGUCUCACUGCCAUUCCUGUCCCCGAUGUCUUAACUGGAAGUUUCAUCUUUUUUUAUCCAUUAAUGUUAAAUUAAUGCAAACAGUAACCCAAAAUAUCAACUGCUUUUAGACAGAUACCAUAUAGCAGUGAUUCAUAUAAUAAAAAACAAUAAUGGCAGCAGCAUUGUAUUAAAUAUUUGAUAUAUAUCAUCCAAUUUGAUCUUCAGAACAGUACUGUGAGGUAGGACCCAUUAUCCCCACUUUGGUACAGAUAUUCUACAUCUGUAAUACCUUAUUAAAAUUUCUCUCCUUUUUCCUUAUCCUUACUCCUGGAGAAACCUAUACCACUUAAAAGUGGUGGUAACAAAAUUACAUUUUUCCAUUAAUAAAUUGCUGUCCUUUUAUACAUUGAGUAGUAGUUUUUACUCUGACGGGAGAAGCACUCAAUUUUUCAUUUGUCUUUAAUAAUAUUUCUCAAAGAUUAGCUGCUGAUCCUACCUCUAUCCAGUAUUUCUGUGGCAUAUGCAUGAUAACAAAAGGGUGUAUUAUCAGAGAAUCCAAGAGACCUCACUGAGAUCACAAGGCAGGUAAGAAAGAUGAUGUGAAUGAAGGAAACCUGAGAUUUUUUGAGUAAUUCAGGACUUGAGGUUGUCUUGUUGCCACUUUUUCUAGGACGUUUUCUUUCUAUUGCGUUAUGAAAAGGAUGUAGAGUACAUAUAGUAUUUAAAAAUUUAAUCUGGCUUUUUUCAUACAUUUCUAAAACUUUACCCUUGUAUUAUCAAAGUAAAGGUAAUAUUCUCCCUUGAUUGAAAUAAAGCAGCCACUUGGUAAAUGAUGUAUUAAUGAUGUGCUAUAUUUUUACCUUUUAAAUGAGGCAUCUGAUAACACAGACCUUAGUAGUAGUUUUUGUGUUUGUGUGGUAUAAUAUACACACCAAAACAUUACCAAUUCAACAAGUUCUGAAAUUAAGUGACAUUGAUUACAUUUUUCAUAUUAUGCAGCCAUUGCUGCUAUGUUUUUCUGAAUCAUUCCACCACUGUUAAACUCAAUGCCCCUAAGCAAAAACUCCCCUGCCCCCUCCUUCUGGUAACCACUAAUAAUCUUUAUUUUCUAUAUAUCUGCUUAUCUCAUAUACAUGAGACCAUACAGUAUUUAUCCUUUUGUUCCUGACAGCAUAAUGUUUUCUAGGUUCAUCCAUGUUGUGGCAUGCAUCAAGACUUCUCUUUAUAAAAUAAAAUAAAAUAAGUAAUAUUCCACUGUGUGUAUAUACCACAUUUUGUUUAUCCAUUUAUCUGUUAAAGAACAUUUAGGUUGUUUCCUCUGGCUGUUGUGAAAAGUGUUACACUGAAUGUUGGUGUACAGGUUUCUGUUUGCAUUCCAGUAAUGAUUUCACCAAGAGUUUUAUUGAACAAGUCAGUGCUGUUUCAGACAUACAGGAAAUCUGUGACUGUCAAAUUUUUAUUUCAGAAUAACUUAAAAUUAGUUGGACCUAGUAUAGAAAAUAAAUUAUUCCAACUAGUUCAUUAAUCCAUUACUUGUUCAAAAAAGAUAUAAGUAUAAUUAUAAUUAGGUAAAUAGAAUGCAUAAGUUUUUUCUUAAAAAAAAAGUAUAAGGAAUCCGAAGUAUGAUAAUUAUAGAAUAUUUAAGUGUAUCCAAGUGGAGAUAAUAGUUCCUAUCUCAUAAGUAUAAAAGGCAAAAAAAAACAAGUACUUGUUUACCCACCAAGCAUAUUAAAUGUUGACAAUAUUGUUAAAACCUCCUUCCCCCAAAAGAAACCACCAUCCUGAAUUUGGUGUUUAUUAUUCUCAUGAUUUAUUUAAACUAUGUAUGUACAUAUGCCUAAAUAAUAAAUGGUACUUUUUAAAAAAAUACUGUGUUUUUGGUGACAGUUUACACAGCAAAUUAGGUUCUCAUUUAACAAUUUCUAUACAUACU